AUGCAAAAUUUCAUCCAUCAGUACCUUUGGCCUUAUUUUGACAGUGAAACCGCAUCAUUGAAUCACAUCUUGUCGAUCUGCCUUGUCGUAAAUGAGAAAUUUCGUCAGAGAGUGUCACCUUGGGACGCGUUCUCAUCCGAUGCAGCCAAAUUCGCUUCCUUCUUUGGACGUGUCACUAGACUCGCCGUCUCUUCUGCUGACAAAAAACUUACACUGAAUAUCAGACGCUCUCUCUUGCUUUUCCUAAUCCAUUCUUUCCAGAGCUUGGAAAACCCACUUGUACGUCCCGAAUGCUUAAAGCUGGUCUCAAUUUCCAUUUGGUCAAACCUGGCUUACGACUCUCGCCGGGAAAGCAUAUUGACAGAGUUUGCACCUCUGAGAAAGUUGUGGAACACCAGUCAAAAGAAAUUGGAUGCUUCUGAUGAAAGUACAAAGGAAAAGCUUGUUUUUGAGAGAGAAUGCCUGAGCAACCUGAUGAAGGAUUUUAUCGAAAUCGUUUACCGGAUACCAAAAGAGGGAAAUGUCGGUGAAGACCUAAUUAAGUACGCUGAGCGAUUCCUUGAGUUCUUAAUUGAUCUUGAGGCACAGUUGCCCACACGCCGCUUUUUCAGCACUCUUUUGGAUGAUCAUCAAGUAGUUGUACUGUGCAAGUUGGCUCCUUUUAUGGAGCGCAAGGAUAAAGAUGUUGAGCUGAUCAAGCAAUUGUUGGAGACCUUGUCAUUCUAUGCCAAGUUUGAGAUCAAUGAUCAAACAGGCCUUGCUUUGACAGAUAUAGAGAUGACAGAUGCUCAUUGUGCACAGCUUAUUCAGCUACAGCACAUUGUAUUCCGUCAAUUCAGAGAGGAAAUCACUGAACUUCCCCUUGCCAACCUGGCCUCUAUAGAAACACGUACCGAUCUGUUGUGGCAUUUCGAACCCCUUUCUGUGGAUGUAUUAACUAGAUUGUGUAAAGCUGUCGAUGUCCGAAGUGAGUUCCUUGUAGAGGGCGUUACUCCUUUUGUGGAUCGUAAGAAGCUCCUUCUGGAGGGAUUGGUAUCUAAAUACGAAAAAAGAUUGAGUCAGAUCGAGAAAAUCAAUGGUCUUCCUUUGUAUCCAGAUGAAGAGACUUUAUUCAGUGACGGCCUAGUACAAACACAAUUCUACACCAGUGAUAGACCUUUGUCACUUCCUAAACUUAACCUUCAAUUCUUGACGAUCCACGAUUAUCUUUUGCGUAACUUCACUCUCUUCCGUCUUGAAAGCUCAUACGAAAUCAGACAAGAUAUCGAAGAUGUAGUUAAGCGCUUAAACCCUCGACUCACCUACCCCGACAGAACAACAGAGUUUGCUGGAUGGGCAAGAAUGGCUGUUAAUAUUGAAAAUUUCAAUAUUGUUGAUGUGGCCAGACCUAAUCUUGGAGAAGAUAAACCAGCACAUGUCAAAGCAGAUAUAACAUACGAUGUCGGAAAAUUCACAGAUUCAAUCAGAAGAGAAUGGGACAAUUUGCGCAAACAUGAUGUCUUGUUCCUGCUUACUAUUCAGGCUAAUGAAGAGUCUAGUCACCGUUACGAUGACAGCUCUGACUUUAAGUCUCAUUAUGGUAUCAAAUAUGUUCGUGGUUGUGAAAUCAUGGAUAUUGUUGGAAGUGAUGGCCGUCCCAUUGAUGAGGUGAACAAACCAAACAUCGAGGAUAAGCAAAGAAGAUGGAGUGGAUCAACACGUACACUCAGAGUCGAGCUGGACCCCAAUCAGUACAAGGAAGAUAUGCAGGCAUUUAAUAAAAAGAGGCGCGAGGAUGUACACGAGACCUUUAAUAUCCUUGUUCGAAGACGGCCACAGGAAAACAACUUCAAGGCUGUUCUUGAGACCAUUCGUGAUUUGAUGCAAAGUGAUUUGGUUGUUCCAGAAUGGCUCCAGAAGGUGUUCUUGGGCUAUGGCGACCCAAGCAGUGCAAACUACACUAAGCUUCCUAACAGAAUUCGUGAACUCAACUUCCGUGAUACAUUCUUAAACUGGGAUCAUCUCAAAGAGAGUUUCCCCGGAAAAAUCGUUAAGCCAGUAGAUAAUAGCGAAGAGACCCUUGAGCCACCUUUUGUUAUUUAUUCUGUAGAGUCAACUGAAGGAGAACAGGCACCACAAAAGAAAAAGAAGAAGUCUAAAAAAUCAGAUAUGGUUCAAGACGAACAGCCCGAGGUUUUAGAAGUUUCGACCUACAAGGUUCCAAAUAUGGGUCCUUACCCUCAAGAUAUCCCUAAAAAGAAUACAGUUCCUUUCACUCCUGUUCAAGUGGAAUCUAUCCGCUCUGGUAUGAGUCACGGUCUUACAAUGGUUGUUGGUCCUCCUGGUACCGGUAAGACAGAUGUUGCUGUCCAGACCAUUGCAAAUCUCUAUCACAAUUAUCCGAACCAGCACACACUUGUUGUUACUCACAGUAACCAGGCAUUGAACCAAAUCUUUGAAAAGAUUAUGGAACUUGAUAUUGACUCUCGUCAUUUGGUGCGUCUGGGUCACGGUGAGGAGGAGUUAAACACCAAUUUGAGCUUCAGUAAAUACGGCCGCGUUACUUCUUUCUUGGAAAGACGCAUUGAGCUUCUCGCUGAAGUAAACCGCUUAGCACUCUCUUUGGGUAUUCCAGGUGAACAUGGGUCAACUUGUGAGACAGCAGGAUACUUUUACCGCUUCCACGUUUUGGCUUACUGGGAGCCUUAUAUUACCCGCAUAGAAAAUGGCACUUUCGAAGAGAUUCGUGACCAGUUCCCAUUUGCAUAUUUCUUUGCUAACGCACCAAACCCUUUGUUCACUGACGACAUGUCAGCUGAUGAAGCAUUGGAGGUUUCGAAGGGUUGCUUUAGACAUUUGGAAAAGAUGUUUGCUGAAUUGGAAGAAAUUCGUGCGUUUGAGCUUUUGCGAUCUGGCUAUGACAGAGCAAACUACUUGUUGACCAAGGAAGCAAAGAUCAUUGCCAUGACAUGUACACAUGCCGCUCUCAAGAGACGUGAACUGGUUGGCUUGAAUUUCAAGUAUGACAACGUAGUAAUGGAAGAGGCAGGACAGAUCCUAGAAGUGGAAACAUUUAUUCCUUUAUUGCUCCAAGAACCUGAAGAUGGAGUCAACCGCCUAAAGCGUGUCAUUAUGAUUGGUGACCACAACCAACUUCCCCCUGUUGUAAAGAAUUUGGCUUUCCAGCAAUAUGGUAAUAUGGAACAGAGUUUGUUCACACGCUUUGUCCGACUGGGUGUUCCCACACUUCAAUUGGAUGCACAGGGCCGUGCAAGAUCCUCUAUUGCCAAGUUGUACAGCUGGCGUUACAACCACCUUGGCGACCUUCCAAAGAUCAGCCAAGCAGAAGAAUACGCAAGAGCAAACGCAGGAUUUACAUAUGACUACCAGCUGGUGAAUGUUGGAAAAUUCCAGGGCCACGGAGAAACAGAACCCGUACCUUACUUCUACCAAAACUUGGGAGAGGCUGAGUAUGUGGUGGCUGCUUACCAGUACAUGCGCUUGAAUGGUUACCCUGCAGACAAGAUAUCUAUCUUGACAACGUACAACGGUCAAAAAGCUCUUAUUAAUGAUGUUCUUCAACGCCGUUGCGCAUGGAACCCAUUCUUUGGAAAACCUGCUGCAGUUACUACCGUGGAUCAAUACCAGGGUCAACAAAACGACUAUGUCCUGCUGUCUUUGGUUCGCACAAAGGCUGUCGGCCAUAUUCGUGAUGUCCGACGUUUGAUUGUAGCUGUAUCGCGUGCAAGACUUGGUCUUUAUGUGUUCUGCCGUAAAGAACUUUUCGAGAACUGUUAUGAACUUCGUCCUGUAUUUGAACAACUAUUGAACCGGCCAACUAAAUUAUGUCUUGAACCAAGAGAGAGUUAUCCUGCAAAACGCAAUAUUGAUCAAUCGGUUGAUAAAACCGAGAUUGAGAAUGUCGAAGAGAUGGGCAAGAUUGUAUUCAAGUUAAGCCAGGAACAAUUAGAAACUCUGCGCGCAGAACAAGAAAAUGUUAUGCAGGAGGACGUAGAAGUUGAUGCGAUGGAGACUGACCAAUAAAUGAUAUCUGACUUUGGUCAUCGUUGUAAGAGAAAUAAACAAAUCAAACAGAAAAGGAUUAAAGAUAUAAAAAAAAAGAAUAAAGAUGAAAGAAAGAAAGAAAAUAAACGAGAAUAUAGACGAAAAAUC